AGGGGCGGGGGGUCCCGCGCGCGUCUGGCCCCGGCGCCCGGCCUCUGCUCAAGCUGCGAGGCUCCCGGGUUCUCUUUCCCUUUGUUGCGCUCUGCAGUUCGCUAAAGUUUCGAACCCACGAGAACCUGAAGACGUGGCUUCCUCUCAACUCCUGAAAACAACCCCGGGGCUCCGGGCAGCCGGACAGGGCGCGGGAGGUGGACGGGGGACUAGAGGCGGCGCGUCUCACCAGCCGGGCAACUGUUUGGACUUCAAAAGUCGCAGCGCCGCAGCCGCCGCCCUCCCCGGAAUGGCCCCGCCCCAGCCCACCCCGCCGCCCACCGCUAGCCGCAGAGUCGCCGCUUCCGUCCGCCCCCCCUGCGGCUCCCCGGGGCUCCCGGCCGCAGCCGCCUUUGUGGUCAGACUGUCUGGGCCAGGGGAUGCCAACGGCCGCCAGGAGGCCGUGGCCGAGGCCACGCUCCCGCUCCCGCGCUGCCCGCCCAGACCGCGGCUCCGCCCCGAGGGACGGCACCCCCACGCCCGCAUCCUUCCAGCCUCUGCCCGCCUGGCCGCCUUCCAUGUCCCGGGGCCCCGAAAUACUCCUUUAAAAGUCCUCUGCUGUCUCUGUGCAUCCCGCGUCAUUUCUCUUUUCUCAACCAAGUGCCUUGAAGGAGCUGUCUGUACUCCCCGAAUCUACAUCUUGCCUCUUGUUCACGUCUCAACCUGCUGCAGCAUAAUCACCCACUGAACAUCAUCUGGCCCUCUACUCUAUGCCAAACACUGUACCAGACUCUGAGGAUAAACUGGUUGUGCAAGAGACAGUUUUUGUCCUCAAAUGACUGUCUCUGAAAUUGCUUUGACAUCGAUAACCAACUGACUCUCUAAAUUGCCAAUUCCACUUUUCCUUCAUUAUCAGAGCAUAAGCCCCAUGACUGUGGAACCUGUGGACGGUGUUCACUGCUGUAACUUCUGCACCUAGAACAGUGUCCAGCUCAUUCUAAGUAGAUGCGCAACAAAUGCUCGUUAAAUAAAUGUCAAAAUUUAUGAUACAACAUAUAUUCAUACUACGCAGACGGGAAUUGUGCCUGUGUCCCAGUACAAAAUCUCCCACGAAAUCAAAAAGAGAAUAAGAAAGCUAUUGCCAGUCCGCAAAUAAGCCCAAGAAGGUCUCAUGGAGGAGACAAGAAGGACUCACAAUAAGUACUAUAUACCAACGAUUAAAGAAUCGUUAAGAGGUGUGUUAUGUUUGAAUGGAUCAAUUAACACUAUGAGGAUCUCCUCCACCACUCCCGGAAGUAGUCCACCUACAGAGAAAAGGCCAUGUGAGGACACAGUGAGAAAGCAUCCAUCUAAAAGCCAGGAAGAGAGGCUCACCAGAAACCAACCCUGAUGGUACCAUAUUGACUUCUAGCCUCCAAACUGUGAGAAAAUGAAUUUCUGUUCUUUAAGUCA